AUGUCUAACUCUGAUGAACUUGAUGUUGAAGAAAAAAAAGAAAUUAAAUGUGAAAUAUGUGGUGAUUUUUCUGAUGGAAAUCAUUAUGAUAUUCAAGCAUGUAGAUCAUGUACAGCUUUUUUUAGACGAACAGUUUCAUUUAAAAAAAAAUAUAGUUGUAAUGGAGGAAAUAAUUGUAUAAUAGAUUAUCAAAAUAGAAAUGCUUGUAAAAGUUGUAGAUUUAAAAAAUGUUUAUCUAAAGGAAUGAAUGUUUCAUUUGUUCAACCAAGAAGGGAACCUACUGGAGCACAACCUAAUAGAAAAAAUCGUAGAGUUAGUUUACAAAAUCCAAUCAUGAAUACUUUAAUACAAACAGAAGGUAAUUCUAGUAGUAAUUCUUUGAUAGACUCUAGAUUAAAUGAAGAAAUUGAUUCAAAUUCUACAACAGUGGAAAGAAAUUCAAUGUCAAAAAUGGAAGAUAAUUUUAAUAUGACAAAAGAUUCAGAUGAUAAUAAUAGUAUGAAUUGUAGUGGUAAUGUAUUCUCUGAACUUAUCAAAUUUUUUACUGUUAGUGAAAGAAUAAAUUUAACUACAGUAUUUAAAGAAUAUGUAAGAAGGUAUAUUGAAAUUAGAGAAUCAUUAAAACUUUUACAUUUUACUGAUCCAAUUGAUAUUAUAAACAAUUCUUUUGACAAUUUACCUUUACGAGUAUAUACACCCCGUGACAUGUUACUCCUGGCACGUAGUGAUCUUACAGGUGUUACAUUAUGGAUAUCAGAAAUUGAAGAGUAUUCAAAAUUUACUAAUUUAGAAAAAGCUUCAUUAUUACAACGUUUUGCUUUACGUAAAAUUAUGCUUGAUCAUUGUUAUAUGACAUCAAAAUAUAAAGAACAUUUUGAAAAAGGAAAUUUAGUAAUGCCAAAUUAUACUUAUAUUCCUUCGGACAAGACAGGUUAUGAGAAAGAAAAUGACAGUUUAUAUACAAAUGAAAUUAUUUAUAAUAUAUUUAGAGAAACUUUAAAUUAUGCCAUAAAAUGUGUUGUUAAACCAAUGAAUGAAUUAAAUUUGACAGAAGAAGAAAUUGUAUUUUUAUAUCUUCUUAUUUUAUGGAAUAAAAAUAAUGAAAAAUAUGUAUCAAGUGAUAAAAGACACAUAUUUACAAGUCAAAAAAAUUGGGCAUUAAAAUGUCUUUUUAUACAUUAUUCUGAAAAAAAAUUAUUGAGUCCAGAAAUAAGAUUUGGUGAAAUUACAUUACUUUUGAAAGAGUUAGAAGCUUGUUGUCUAUUACACUGUGAAGAUUACAUGACAAGUAAAUUUUUUAAUAUUAAUUUUUUAAAAGAAAUGUGGUAUGAUAACGUCUGCUAUUCAUGUGUAAACUUUGAAGUUUAA